AUGAAUUUGAAUACAGAAAUAUUAUUACCGAGCUGUGUUGUGACACACCUCUCUCUGAUCGACUUGCAAUCGGAAUGUGAUUCAAGUUCUCCUCACACCCAUUCAAUCUUUGAAAAAUUCAAAGACAAGAUGAAACGACCCCUCUCGGGUCACAUUCGAAAGCCCUUCUUAGUUUCCAAUUUUAAAUAUCAAGAAACCCUUCUCAUUCGAUCAGACAAUUCCGAAUUCUUUGAAGGCGAAAUUCCAUGCGAUGUCAAAAUAUCCUAUCAACACUCAUGUAUUUUAAUUAGUGUCCCUGAGAGUGAUUCGAUUCAAGUGUUUGAUCAUCAUCGUGGAUUGCGAGCAUUUCGAGGAAGAAUUCGUGUGGAUCAAAUUCGAAAACCAACUUGGAUGUGUGUGGAAGAAGAUUUUGAAUAUGGAACGUCGGCUUUGAUUCUUUGUGCACAAAGUCAUGAUCAAGUUUCAAUUUUUAAAUUUGAUUUGAAAUUAUUACUACUACAACAAUGCAAACACAAAACAAUUUUGAAUACUACUACUACUAAUCAGAGUAUGAGUGUGGAAUCGAACAUUCAACCCAUUUGGAAGUUUGGACGACAAUUAUUAUUCGAUCCUCAGAGUAUCAUUCUGUCUCAACUUGUGAAAAAUCAAUUAUUUAUUUCUGACAGUGGCAACGACUGUCUGAUCAUUCUCGAUACCACUUGUGGACAACAAAUUGGAACUGUUCGUUUAUUAGAACCUCAAUCUUUGUUUUAUGCACCUUCCCUUGGUUUACUGGUUCCAAAAAAAGAAUUCAUCGAUCGAGAAUAUCUUGUUGUGAGUGAAGAACGGCCAACACUGAGUGGAGUGAAAUUGUUUGAACGAUCGAAAGGAAAUGGAGUUGGGGAAUGGCAACCCAUAGAAUUGGCCCGCCAGAUUGAUUUACACAAUCCAGGACAAAUGACAUUUGACAGUGAACAUUUAUUUGUAUGUGAACCACAUCGAAUUCAAAUACUGUCCUUUGAAAAGAAUCAUUUUCGUGUGAUUGGCCAAAUAGGAAACGGUACUCCUGGUAAUUACACAGAUCAGUUCAAUUCCACGGGUGGAAUUUGUUUGAAUGAACUCGAAGGAGAAUUAUUCGUAUGUGACAAACACAAUGAUCGAGUUCAAAUUUUCAAAUGA